CUGGGCUGUCAGAGCAACCUGCUCGCCUUAGGAGGUGAUGGGAUUCCUAGCCUUCCCUGCUGCCAGGAGGAACCGAGCUCACUGCACGCCCUGGCAUCCUUGGGACCAUAUGCUACUGUGGACAGCUCUGCUCUUCCUGGCUCCUGUUGCUGGGAAACCUGCAGAUCUCCCAAAAGCUGUGGUGAGCAUCCAGCCUGCGUGGAUCAAUGUGCUCAGGGAGGAUCGUGUGACGCUGGUGUGCCAGGGGACCAGCUUCUAUGACGGCAACCUCACCAUGUGGUUCCAUAACGGGAGCUCCAUCCACACCCAGAACCAGCCCAGCUACAGCUUUCAGGCCGGCAGCAAUGACAGUGGAUCCUACAGGUGCCAGAGGGAGCAGACCAGCCUCAGCGACCCUGUGCAUCUGGAUGUGAUUUCCGACUGGCUGCUGCUCCAGACCCCCAGCCUCGUGUUCCAGGAAGGGGAGCCCAUUCUGCUGAGGUGCCACAGCUGGAGAAACCACCCUCUGAAUAAGAUCACGUUCUACCAGGAUGGGAAAUCCAAGAUAUUUUCCUAUCAGCGUUCCAACUUCUCUAUCCCACGUGCCAACUUCAGUCACAGUGGCAAGUACCACUGCACAGCGUUUAUCGGGAAGACGCCACACUCGUCACAGCCAGUGAACAUCACUGUCCAAGAUGGGAAUGAAGGUCCAGCAAUUCCACUCAUCUCUUCACCUUGGCAUCAAAUCACUUUCUGCCUGGUGAUGGGGCUCCUUUUUGCAGUGGAUACAGGCCUGUAUUUUUCAGUGCAGAGAGACCUUCAAAGCUCCAUGGGAGACCGGAGGAAUUAAAAAGUCCGAUGGAGCCAAGACCCUCAGGACAAAUGACCCCUCAUUCCAUGGUGUAACAGCAGUGGUGGCAGCGCUCUUCAGUCCAGAACUUUCCUCUUCCCUGGCCUCUCCUUGGCAACAACCUGGGCUAAGGAGCCUCCAGGGAAAGAAAAGACCUGUUAUCUCCAGAUCAAGUAGAAGGUAACAGGCCCUGCCUUCACUGAUUUCCCAAAGGCUAAGGCACAGUCCCAACUCACCCAGCUCUACAUGGACUCACAGCAAAUGUGUUCUCCCAGCUCCUCGCCAGAGGCUCCUCAAAUAAAUGAAACCUCAGUAAA